CUGAGUCAGAUAAAUCUAAUUUUUAAAAGAAUCUGAAUUUUAUUUUUCAAAUUUUUAUUAUUGCACCCAAUUGGCUGCGAAUGGGCUGAAGAAAAUUUGUUGCAAGUGAAAUAAAAAAAAAAAAUGUUUGCAUAACCGGUGCUUGUUAUUAUGCCCAAAUGGAUUUUCAAAGAUUGCUUUUUGCAUAACUUGUACUAUUUUCCCUAUCAAUUUGAAGAAGAAGAUUGCUUUAAUGAAAAUGGGAGCUUAACCAAUUCUAUUUGUGCUGUUCAGAGCAAAGAGUCUUCAUCCUAAGCAUGCAACUUUACCGUAGUAACAAAACUAAAAACGGCAUUUUAGUCUUUCAAUCGUACUUAACGGUGAGGAGUCUUCGUUUUUGACGGAGGGAUGAUUUCGCAAAUAGAAGAUAAAUGUAGUGAAUUUGAUAAAAUUAAAGGGACUAAAUAGUAAUUUACCCUUGAAUUUUUACGAAUUCAUAUGUUUCUUUAGAUUCGGAGGCGAAUGCCGCCUUCUACACUGGCCUCUGACACUCAAGCAAGUUCUGCUGCUUCAGUUUUAGUUUAUCAAUGGAGGAUUCUAAGUUCUGUUCAUCAAAUAAGAUAAAAGAAACUGAUGAUGGAUGUACCAUAGUUGUUCAACUCUCUCAAAAUGAUCCUUUUUUUGAUAAAAAGAAGAGUUUACUUUCCAAUAAGGGUUUUGAUGUCAGAGAACAGAUAAAGAUCCAGAGUUCUCCAUGUCCUGAUUCAAUUGCUACCACCUUGGAAAGAAUGCUUGAGAUAGCAAGAAUAACACACUUAGACGAGGUAGAACUUUAUUUUGGUCAAUCUGAUGAAUGUUCAUCAUUGGAAUACUAUAGCCCAAGGAAUGAGGUGGAAGCUCUCAAUUCAAUCAUAGCACUUGUUAACAGCUCACCCUCUGGUAAAACACACACCGAAAUGAAUGUCUUGCAAGCCUUUCGAGAUGCAAUUCUUGAUAGGAUCAAUGAACUCACAGACAAGAACAGAGAGGAGACUAAAAUAGAUAAAAGCUACAGUUGUGACAAGGAGAAAAGUCUAGUAGAAUGGGGUGAAAGCAAUGGCGUUAAAUCAAGAUUGGAUAUUGUCCAUGUUGAAGGAGCUGGUAGAGGAGCCAUUGCAACAAAAAAUCUGAAUGUUGGGGAUGUCGCUUUGGAGGUCCCUAUAUCCAUUGUAAUUUCUGAAGAGAUUGUUCGUCCAUCUGAAAUGUAUCAUAUAUUGGAGCAGAUUGAUGGGAUUUCCUCUGAGACUAUAUUGUUGCUAUGGAGCAUGAAGGAAAGGCAUAAUUGUAAUUCAAAAUUCAAGGUUUACUUUGAUACUCUGCCAAAAGAAUUUAAUACAGGGCUGAGCUUUGGAGUUGCUGCAAUCAUGGCUUUGGAUGGGAGCUUGCUCUUAGAGGAGAUAAUGCAAGCAAAAGAGCAUUUGCGUGUUCAAUACGAUGAGUUGGUUCCUGCACUAUGCAAUAGUUAUCCUGAUGAAUUUCCACCAGAGCUCUAUACAUGGGAGCAGUUUUUAUGGGCUUGUGAACUGUGGUACUCCAAUAGUAUGAAAAUCAUGUUUCCUGAUGGAAAGUUGAGGACAUGUUUGAUUCCCAUUGCAGGCUUUCUUAACCAUUCGCUCCAUCCACAUAUCGUUCAUUAUGGCAAAGUAGAUUCUAUAACAAGUACAUUAAAAUUCCCAUUGUCAAGGCCUUGCCGUGUUGGAGAACAAUGCUGUCUUAGUUAUGGGAGCUUCUCUAGUUCGCAUCUAAUUACAUUCUAUGGUUUCUUACCACCAGGAGACAAUCCAUAUGAUAUAAUUCCAUUAGAUAUUGAUGCUGGUGAGACUGAUUUUAUUGAGGAUAGCUCCCUAUCCAUCUGGACUACUCAUAUGGUCCGGGGUACUUGGCUCUCAAAAAACCACAAUAUAUUCCACUAUGGCUUGCCAUGUCCGUUGCUAGAUUUUCUUCGGAGGGCUCGGAUACCUAAGUCAUAUGCUAAAACCAUUACACCAUCAAACUUGGAAAUUGAAAUAGAAAUUCUGGAAGACCUGCAGUCUACUUUCACUAACAUGAUGGAAAAUCUCGUCGAGACAGAGCUUGUUGUCAAAGAAUCUGCUAGUUGGGAUGUUAAGCUGGCAUUGGAAUUUAAAGAUCUGCAAAGAAGGAUCAUAUCCUCAAUUUUAACUUCAUGCAAGGCUGGCCUGAAGUUGGUGCAAAAUGAAUUGUCAAAGUUCGCGGCUAAGGAGUGAACAUUGAGCAGCGCAAGCAUUAGCUGGAUGAACUGGUUCAAAACAACAUUAUAGGCAUAUGCAUACGAGCAAAUGGACUGUCCAACCUAAACCUGGAUAAAAUAUGGUAUGUAGAGCAGACUUCCAUAUAAAUAUAAAUUUUACAUCAAGCUUAUGCUGAAAAAAAAAAAAAAUCAAAGAUUUGUCAGCGCACAGUCGCAACGUUUUGCUUGUCACUUAGUAUGAUGUAAAUUGGCAUGAAGCAUAUGAGAAUCUGACUGUUGUGAUCUAUUCUUAAAGCUAUACUUUUGUGUUGCUUCAUA